AUGGCAAUACUAGGGACCAAAUUGAUAUUUAUAUCUCCACAAACUUUAGAGAAAGACAAUAAAGAAGAUAAUGUGGAAGGGGAAAACGAUGACGUUGAAGACGAAGAAAAGCCAAACAAUGUGGAUAAAGAAGUGAAGAAACGAGGAGGUGGCUUUAACAAAUUAUGUAGCCUUUCUCCACAACUUCAGAAAUUUCUUGGAGUGUCUGAAUUGGCUAGAACACAGGUUGUGAAAAAAGUUUGGGCAUACAUCAAGGAAAAUAAUUUGCAGGAUCCUAAGAAUAAGAAAAAAAUACUGUGUGACAAGUCAUUGCUAGCCAUAUUUCGUGUAAACUCUAUUGAUAUGUUUCAAAUGAACAAAGUCCUGUCCAAGCAUAUUUGGCCAUUGGACUGUGGAAAUGGUACUUGCUUGAUGUUUCUUUUACGAUUUUAUGUUAUUGAGGCUAUAAACGCGCCCUAG